GAGGCAGGAAAAUGGCGUCGAGUCGGGAGUUCGAGAAGGUGACGGUGAACAUUUUGCACGAGGACGGCGGCAGGAGACUCAAAUACCCGGAGCCGGUGUCAUUAAAACUUGAAUAUGACCCCCACGGCCUCUCCUGUAAAGUUAGACAAGGUGGGCUCUGUGUCCUGGAGAUCCCCAUUGAUGCCAAGUCUGAGUGCUGCCGGCUGGGGACGAAGUCGUAUAUAUUUGCAUCGAACCACGAGGACCUUGUCUUUACCUUCGCCACUGAAUCAGACUCAAGAAGGUUUCACACAAUCAUAUUCAAGAUGAGACAAGGCAAGGAGGUGUCCGUGUUUAACGAGAGGACCGACGACUCAAGCGCAACACAGUAUUUCCAGUUCUACAGUUACCUGUCACAGCAACAGAACAUGAUGCAGGACUACAUCAGGACAGGGACGUACCAGCGAGCCAUCCUUUCCAACAUGAGUGACUUCCGGGACAAGGUGGUGCUGGAUGUGGGCGCCGGCUCGGGCAUCCUCUCAUUCUUCGCUGCGCAGGCCGGGGCGCGCAAGGUGUACGCCGUUGAGGCCUCGUCCAUGGCACAGCACUGCGAGAUGCUGGUCCGCGCCAACAACCUUCAGGAGACAAUUCAGGUCAUCGCGGGGAAGAUCGAGGAGAUUGACCUGCCGGAGACCGUGGACAUGAUCAUCUCUGAGCCAAUGGGUUACAUGCUGUACAAUGAGCGUAUGCUGGAGACUUAUCUGCACGCUAAGAAGUGGCUCAACCCUAAUGGACGCAUGUUCCCCUCCCGCGGCGACCUCCAUGUGGCGCCGUUCAAUGAUGAGGCGCUCUACUACGAACAGCUCAACAAGGCAAACUUCUGGUACCAGAACUGUUUCCACGGCGUUGACCUAUGCCAGCUGCGGGAACAGGCGCUCAAUGAGUACCUCCGCCAACCCAUCGUGGACACCUUUGACAUCGGUAUCUGCCUCGCCAAGUCCAUCCGUUACUCCCUGGACUUCAUGACGGCCGAGGAGAAGGACCUACACCACCUGGUCAUUCCGCUCGAGUUCCACAUUCUCAAGUCUUGUACAAUGCACGGCCUCGCCUUCUGGUUCGACGUGGCGUUCCUGGGCUCCACACAGACCGUCUGGCUGUCCACCGCCCCCACGGAGCCGCUCACCCACUGGUACCAGGUGCGAUGUCUGCUGGAGAAGCCAAUCUUUGUGAAGGAAGGGCAGCUGGUGACAGGCAUCGUGGAGCUGGUGGCCAACAGGAGACAAUCAUACAACGUCAACAUUGAGGUGAGGAUUGAGGGGACAACCACCGUGUCCACCAACUGCCUGGACCUCAAGAACCCGUACUUCCGCUACACGGGGGUGGCGCCGCAGCCCCCCCCUGGCAACAACUCCGUCUCACCCUCCGAGUCCUACUGGGGCACCGUCGACGCGCAGGGAGCCAAGCAAGCGGUGAACAUGGUCAACGGCAUCACAGUGAAUGGCCUCGGUGAAGUGGCUCUUGACCAGGGCACCUCCCUCAUCACUCUGGGUCAGUCUAAUUUGGCUUUAGGGAGCACCAACCUGGGCUCUCUCAACCUGCCCUUUCAAAACGCAUCCUCAAGGAGUGUGAGUCUGCCGGCAUCCUCUCCUGCCUUCUCCAGCUCCACACAGUCCGUCAGGCAGGUUUCCGGAAGUGGCGUCGGUCUGGGCAGCAGCAACUUCCCGGUCAACAGCGCACUCAUGAUCGGUGACUACGUAACCCCUGGCUCCAUUAUCCUCCCAACCCAAGGCAUCCAGAUCAACACCCACUCCACCCUUGGGGCAACCGAAACAACCCAAGCGCAGUGACCGCCCACCGACAACCUUGGUCCUUGGCGGGAGUGUGGUGCCCCUGAACCCCUGAACCCCUGAGCUGCCUCCUGGUUGUUCCCCCGGUUGACCUGACCUAGCCUCACCUGGGUCUUUGUGUCUCUUCGGUUGCUUGGUUGUGGUUGAUGGUGAGACGUAACUUGUGGUAGUUUUUUUUUUUUUUUUUUUUUUUUUUUGGCUAUGUACCAAUUCUCUGAGCUGUGUGGAUCGUCUUGACUCUCCUCCUCCUCCUCCUCUUCCUCCUCCUCCUCCUCCUCCUCCUCCUCUCCUCUUAUAGAUCUGUACAGUGGGGAUUUUUAUAAUAAUUCCUUAGACUACAUGGAAAGUCUCUCCUCUCUCCUCCUUCUCCUCUUCCUCCUCCUCCUCCUCCUCCUCUUCAUCCUCUCCUCUUAUAAGGUAGAUCUGUUCAGGGAGGAAUUUUGUAAUCUACAGCACUUGAAAAAUCUCACUUCUCCACCUCCUCCUCUUUUCCUCCUCCUCUUCCACUUCAUCUGUUCAGGGAGGGAAUUCCAUAACUUAAACCACUUGAAAAAUAUCCCUUCUCCUCCUUCUCUUUCUCUUCAUGUGUUCAGGGAGGAAUUUUGUAACCUAAACCACAUAAAAAAUCUCUCCACUUCUCCACCUCCUCCACCUCAUCCACUUCAUCUGUUCAGGGAGGGAAUUCCGUAACUUAAACCACUUGAAAAAUAUCCCUUCUCCUCCUCCUCUUCCUCUUCCUCUUCAUAUGUUCAGGGAGGAAUUUUGUAAGCUAAACCACAUAAAAAAUCUCUCCACUUCUCCACCUCUUCCACUUCAUCUGUUCAGGGAGGGAAUUCCAUAACUUAAACCACUUGAAAAAUAUCCCUUCUCCUCCUCCUCCUCUUCAUAUGUUCAGGGAGGAAUUUUGUAACCUAAACCACAUAAAAAAUCUCAACUUUCCUUCCUCCUCCUCCUCCUCCCCAUCCUCUCCUUAGGGCUCAGGAAUCUCCAGUACUUAUUUACCUGACACACUAGCCAGCCAUACCCUUGAUCUCCUCUAAACUAAGGUGCUUUGGGGCUCGGCAAGGAUAGAAGGGUUACCAGGAGGAGUCAAGAGCUGGUAGGUGAGAGUCGGACUACCGCUGUGACAUGUGCAUCGAUAUGACUAAGUGUUUAGGCUCUGUGUAAUGAAGGUAUGAUGCAAGGUGUUGGAUGGAAGAUUCAAGAGCUGGUUUGUUAGUAAGAGUGUUCCAGUAAAUUCACCUAUGAUAUGACAAGUGUUUCGGGUCUCUGUGUUUAUGAAGGUAUGACGCAAGGUGUUGGGUGGAAGAUUCAAGACCUGGUUUGUUAGUAAGAGUGUUCCAGUAACUCCACCUAUGAUAUGACAAGUGUUUCGGGUCUCUGAUGAUGGUGGUGUGACGUAAGGUGUUGCUAGGAUGAUUCAAGACCUGAUUUGUGUUAGUAAGACAAGUGUUUCGGCUUUCUGAUGAUGGUGUUGUUACGUAAAGAGUUGAUAGGAGGAUUCAAGACCUGGUUUGUUAGCAAGAGUGUUCCAGUAACUCCUUUGAUAUGACAAGUGUUUCGGGUUUCUGAUAAUGUGGGUGUUACGUAAAUUGUUCCUGUGAAGUCUCAAGAGUUAAUAGGUGGUAGAGAGCAUGUCCCAGUAAGUCCACCUUUGAUAAUACAAAUGUUCCGGCUCUCUGAUAAUGUGGGUGUUACGUAAAGUGUUCCUGUGAAGUCUCAAGAGCUAGUAUGUGGUAGAAAGCAUGUCUCCACUUUUGAUAAUACAAAUGUUCCGGCUCUCUGAUAAUGUGGGUGUUACAUAAAGUGUUGCUAGGAAGAUUCAAGAGCUGGUUUGUGGUAGAAAGUGUCGUAGUAACUCCACCUAUGAUGUGGUGUCGUACGAGCUAUCACUAUUGUUAUUAUAAGGGACAAAUGAGGUAGAGAAGGAGGUAUGCAGAUAUAGGUGGCCAUGAGAGUGUCAGGGUAACCACCUUCGAUAUCGCAAGUGUUCAGCUCCUUCGUAAGAUGUGCGUGUGGUGUGAGGUGUCGAAAGCAGGCAGGAGGCACUAAUACCAUCACAGGAACACCACCUUCGAUAUUGCAAGUGUUCAGCUCCUUCGUAAUAUGUGCGUGCGGUGUGAGGUCUUGCCAGGAGGCGUCAAAAGCUGGCAGGAGGCACUAAAACUCUCACAGGAACACCACUUUUGACAAUACAAGUGUUUAGCUCCUUCGUAACAUGUGCGUGUGGUGUGAGGUCUUGCCAGGAGGCGUCAAAAGCUGGCAGGAGGCACUAAAACCAUCACAGGAACCACCUUUGACGAUACAAUCCACUCCUUCGUAAUGUGUGUGUGUGGUGUGAGGUCUCGCCGUGAAGAGCCAGGAGCGUCGCCACGGCUUCACCAUUGAUAUUAGGGGUGUUUUGGCUGCAGGUGUGAAGGGGUGUAUGGCGCUGCUGGUGUGCUGUGUUGCCGGGGACAGCAUAGGGCAGCUGGCGGGUGGUAGCUCGAGUGUCCGGCCCCAUGGAAGUGACCUGUACUAGUUUGGUCAGCCGUGUCCUUGACUUGUGUAUAAUAGGUCAGGAAUCCUCACCUUAGCUCUCUCUAUGUGUGUUAGAAGUAAUCGCUGCAGGGCUACUCGUGUAAGGCAAGGGAAUGGCGGUCAAAGAUGGUCAAAGAUAAUGUGUUGACGGUCAUGUUUUCCGGUUUGUUUUGACGGCAGUUUUGUGCCACGGAACGCACCAAAAAUAAUCAAAAGCAGGAAUAGGAGACUGACUUUGUUACUUUGUUUGUGUGAGUUUUGGUGUGUCAUGGCGCUCCCCAGGGGUGUGCGUCGCCCCCUCUGGUGCUAAGAGUGUCCCGCGUGUUGGCAGCCACCACCGCCGCCGCCGCCGCCGCCACACCCUGGGGGGGCGCCAGUGUCAGUGUGUACAGCCUCACAGCAGAGUGUUCGUGGGCGUAGCCGUAGCUCAACCACAAAAUGUUAGGAUUACUUGUACAUGCAGCAGUUGUUAACUUAUGGGCCGCCGCCACAGCCCAGCGUGACAGACCUGGUGGGCGCCCCCUCAGGCAGCCCCCAAGUGUGACGUGCGUCUGUUCUGCGCAGCGCCAGGCCACGGGAGUGUCCUGUGUUGUGUCCUCACGUUUGUUAGCUUCUCUGUAACCACCAACACAACACAGGAGCCUUGUGUUGUCCUGGAGCACCGUAGAACACUGCACAGGCUUGGUGAGGUGCCUGUGGAGGUGCUGAGCAGGCCGCUGUGCUGUGCAUGGCCGUGGCCCGCGGUGUUUGUCCUGUGCGUGAGUGAGUGUGUAGCAAUAACCGCUCCUCUGACUCACGGAGGCGUCGUCCUGAGGCUCAGGAGUUGACUUUGUCCAGAGUGUGUCUCAUAGACACUAGCGAUAAGGAUUAUUAUAUGCGAUUCCUAUGGAAUUUUUCACGCAUCACUCUUGACUAUAAUUUUACUUAGUUGUAACGAUCCAGUGUUGUAGUGUGCCGGAACAGGCGUCGGGAGGCCUGUGCGCUGCCGUCACUGCCCAGAGCUUAGUUAAGGUGUUCCUCGUAGGCCUCGCGCACACGCCACGCCUCGGCCCCGCAGACCGCACCGCCCGGGAACCAUCCUCUCACGUGCUGGAAGGUCCAUGUUCUGUCCAGUCCUGACAUUUGGGACGCUUGAUCUUAUGUUGGUAUAAUUUUGUGUUGUUUUUGGUUACAACCUCCUGCUUUGACCCUGAGUGAUAAUUUCUGCUUUUCUCUACCUCUCAAUCUCCUUCAUCAACUUUUAUCAACCUCGUAUUUCUUCUUCUCAACCUGAUUUAUCGACUUUCUACCUCUUCUUUCUUCUACUACUCCUAUUUCUACUUCUCAACUUCUUUCUAUUAUAAUUUCUACUUUCUACCUCUCAACCUCGUCUGUCAACCUCCUAGCUUCUCAUAUCUACUAAUUUACCUCAUAUUUCUACAUCUCAACCUCAUUUAUCAACCCCACAAGCUCUUUGACACUUAUAACUAAACAGAAUUACAAACCACAUACAACACAAGAUCGCCAGCCUUUGAGGGAAAAAACCUUAUCUCUACUCAAAGUCUAAUAUCUCUUUUACCUUACAAUAUUAUCCACUCUAGCGCUAAAUGACUUAAAAAAACAUAACCGAGGACGUCAUGUGGAUAUCAGGGUGGUGCGAGGUUGGCGGGGCUCGAGGGAGUGGGGUUACGGGAGACUGUAGUGAUGGCAGCUGUUGUGACUUUGACGAGGCAGAAACAAUGCUCACUUCAAGGCAAUCUUCUCUUUGGCGAAUGGGGAAAAAGACCAAGAAAAUCAUUAGUUGUGUUAUGUAUUGUCAGUCCGAGUCAGUCCACUGUGAAAUGAAGACUUGUUCCAAUGUUGUCCACCUCCUAUGUUGAUGUACUCCAUCUAAGUUCAUCUCCACGGUCCAGAUUCUCAAGCAUAUCAAGUCUCACACACCCAUACUCGAUAAGGCUUUCAUAGAGGCUCUGUCAGUACUUCAGUGGGUAGUUUUAUGAGCAAACGACUUACUUCAAUGUUGUCCAGCUCUUAUGUUAGUGUACUCCAUCUAAGUUCAUCUCCACGGUCCAGAUUCUCAAGCAUAUCAAGUCUCACACACCCAUACUCGAUAAGGCUUUCAUAGAGGCUCUGUCAAUACUUCCACGGGUAGUUUUAUAUGUAAACGACUUACUUCAAUGUUGUCCAGCUCUUAUGUUAGUGUACUCCAUCUAAGUUCAUCUCCACGGUCCAGAUUCUCAAGCAUAUCAAGUCUCACACACCCAUGUUUGAUAAGGCUUUCAUAGAGGCUCUGUCAAUACUUCCACGGGUAGUUUUAUAUGUAAACGACUUACUCCAAUGUUGUCCAGCUCUUAUGUUAGUGUACUCCAUCUAAGUUCAUCUCCACGGUCCAGAUUCUCAAGCAUAUCAAGUCUCACACACCCAUACUCGAUAAGGCUUUCAUAGAGGCUCUGUCAAUACUUCCACGGGUAGUUUUAUAUGUAAACGACUUACUUCAAUGUUGUCCAGCUCUUAUGUUAGUGUACUCCAUCUAAGUUCAUCUCCACGGCCCAGAUUCUCAAGCAUAUCAAGUCUCACACACCCAUGUUUGAUAAGGCUUUCAUAGAGGCUCUGUCAGUACUUCCAAGGGUAGUUUUAUGAGCCUGGAGAUAGUUUGACAAGACUUCUAGACAGUGGACAUGGAAAACACUCAUGAGAACCCAACUAACCUCCUCUGUGGCCUUGGGAAAUGGAUAUCGUGAGAGUUGAAAGUGUUUGAGAGUACAGGCCGUGACUUCUACAAUCAAUCAGUCACUCUCAUCCCAAGAUCUCAGUCCAGGAGUUUGUGUAAAUCUCAGUAUUGUUCGGUUGUGUUUAUGAAACUUAUGUGAAGGGUUAGAAAGGCAAUGAUACCACUUAAACCUCACUUUUUAUACAUAUUUAUCUACUUAUUUAUUCAAGAUCUCAGUGGAGGGUCUCUCUUAAAUGGCAGGAGUGUUUGUAUAGGGAAUUGAAGUGUAAUUUUGGAGACUUAAGAUGACAGCAAUACUAACCAAACCUCAUUUUUAUACAUACUUGUCCAAUAUUCAAGAUCUCAGUGGAGGAACUCAUAAACGACAGGAGUGUUUGUAUAGGAAUUUGAAGUGGAUUUGUUGACUUAAAAAAUGGCAGCAAUACUAACCAAACUCAUUUUUAUACAUACUUAUCCAUUAUUCAAGAUCUCAGUGGAGGGAUUCAUAAACGACAGGAUUGAUUGUAUAAGGAAUUGAAGUGUAUUGAAGACUUAAAAUGACAGCAAUACUAACCAAACUCAUUUUUAUACAUACUUAUCCAAUAUUUAAGAUCUCAGUGGAGGGAUUCAUAAACGACAGGAUUGAUUGUAUAAGGAAUUGAAGUGUAUUGAAGACUUAAAAUGACA